UUUUCCAACUCAUUUUCACGGCGCUCGGAAGUAUUAAAAAGGUGCGCUCUCCCUCCUUGUCUUUGAAUUUUCUGAGAUUGUGGUGUGAAGUAAUUUAGUUUUUUGUUGUUGUUGAAGAGAACGCAUCAUGAUUGACGAACGUGCCAAGUUUAUAAAUUCUCUGUACUUGAGAAAUCUCAUUGAGGGGAGUUUCCGUGAGAAUGAUGUGAAAAUCAAAGCUUAUUCCGUGGAACAAUCCAGUGAAGUGAUUGCCAAUGAAGGAAGUUUCUUCAUGAAGAGGGUGCUUAUCAAAUUUACGUCCCGAAAUUCAACUGAUGGCUCCCUUUCGUUCAUUGUGAAGAUCAAUGGAGAUGCCAAGGGGAGGAAUCCACGCGAUCGUGAUGUCUACGAGGAAAAAAUCCCCUCAAUCACGAACCUCCUCCUGAAGUGUGCGGGAAAUAUUAAAUUUGUCCCAGAUCUCAUUUCCAUUACGCAGGAACCAAGGGAGGUGUUUGUCUUCGAGGACAUCACAGCCAACGGCUACCACGCAGAAUACAUUAAAACAGGUCUAAAUUUGGAACAGAGCAAGAUCUCUCUGCAGAAAAUGGCCUUUUUCCAUGCAGCCUCCGCCCUUGCCAUCACCAAUGACGCCGACGCCUUCGAGGGGUACACAGUGGGACUUCUCACACGCCAAACUGGCACAUUUUAUCAAGACAUCUUCAAGAAGAUUACCCACCCGUCGAAUCCACUCCAACUCGAUGGGAUGAUUUUUGAUAAAUUGAAGACACUCAGCACAAAAAUUGUCCCCAAAGCCAUUGGCGACUACACGCGCGCAACCCCAUUCCGUGUCCUCAAUCACGGUGACUUCUGGACACGGAACAUCUUCUUCAAGUACGAGGACAGCAACCUCGUGGAUGCUCUCUUUGUUGGCUUCCAGAGUGCCGUUGUUGGGUCACCACUCAUUGAUUUGCUGUACUUCCUCAACACUGCCGUGGAGUACAAGACGCUGAUAGAGUCACGCGAUCAGUUGAUUUACGCUUAUCACGAGACACUCAAGUUUGUCCUCGAGAAACUCAACUACAAGGGACACAUUCCCACUCUCAAUGAAAUCCAAAUUGACAUCCUUAAGAAUUGUGCUCUUGAAUUGACCUAUCUCCUGGCCAUUGCUCCAAUUCUUCGUGCCAACACCAAUAUUGUCCUCCCACGCGAUCAAGCUGAGAACACCGUGGCCCCAGUGUCGGAGAAAGAGCUCGUGGAAAUUUUCUCAGACAUCAAGAAGGACGUAACGACCCUCCUGUAUGCCUUCAAUGACAACGGUCGCCUCGACUGGGCCUUCUCUGAGGGCAAGAUUAAAGGUCUAAUUGGCAAAUUUCAGAACUAAAUCCCAUCGUAUCCCCCCUUCCGGCAUUCCAUCUCUUCUUUUUUUUUUCUAUAAUCCGCAUAAGAGAGAAACUAACAUCAUUGCAUACUUAUGUACAACAGAGAUAUGAUACAGAAUAGAAAAUAAAUGAAAUAAAAAAAAAUAUGGUGUGGCACCCAAAA